AGAGUUUCUUAGAACCUGUUUUUACUAUAUUUGUGGGGUGCUAGAAGGAGCUGUAUAGAUAAAGACCUUUGCUUACUUCACUUCCUUCCUUCUCUUCAUUCGUUCAUUCAUUCAUUCUCCCUUAUCUUUACCAUUUUCUUCUUCAUUCAUCCAUUCACACAUGGGGAAUUGCCAAGCUGUGGAUGCUGCAGUGCUUGUGAUCCAACACCCUUGUGGGAAGAUAGAGAGGUUGUAUUGGCCAGUCUCUGCAAGUGAGGUUAUGAGGACCAACCCAGGUCACUAUGUGUCUUUGAUAAUACCAUUGCCUGUGCCACCACAGGACCAGAAUCAAGACCACAAAACGGUACGUUUCACCCGAGUUAAGCUCCUCCGGCCUAAUGAAACUCUCAACCUUGGCCAUGCCUACAGGCUCAUCACCACUCAAGAGGUUAUGAAGGUUUUGAAAGCAAAGAAGCAUGCAAAGACAAGGAAGCCACAGGCUGAGACAGUUGAUAAGGCACACACAGCACAACCGGAGAAGCAGAGUUCAGCCAGUGAGCCACAUACAGGAGGGGAGUCUGCACACCAGGGAACGAGGGCAGAGAGACAAAGGCCUAGGGUGGCUUCAGCAAAUCCUGCUGUAGUGAGGUCAAAAUCCUGGCGCCCUUCGUUGCAGAGUAUUUCGGAAUCAGCAAGUUGAUUGGUGCAAACUGCAAAGUUGUGACAUGUAUAGUGGCUCGUAGAGUAUUAUAUGAUAGCCACUAGAAUGUCGGAAGUUCCUUCUAGUUGAUUCUUACAUGGGCAUGGAAAUUCAUCAGAAGUUUCAACCAAGAUUUCUCUUUCAACGCCAAUCAUAACCUCAACUGCAAAACCAUGCUCCUGUGGUAACAUGUUUGUAUAGCACCACCAACAAAAAGAAAAAGAAUAGAGGAGUAAUGAAUGUAAAAAUUUUUUACAAGUGAGUUUUCUGAUUGAUAUAGUUACAACA